AUGGCAGAUUCCAACCUCACUGGCCUCACCACCUCCACCUUCAUCCUGAAUGGCAUCCCAGGCCUGGAGGCAGCUCACAUCUGGAUCUCUAUCCUGUUCUUCUUUGCGUACCUCAUUGGUUUGGUGGGGAACUGCGGCCUCCUCUACCUCAUUUGGAUUGAGGAGACUCUGCAUCGGCCUAUGUACUACUUCCUCUCCAUGCUCUCCAUCACUGACAUUGCAGCCACCACCACUGUGAUUCCCAAAGCGAUGUGCAUCUUCUGGCUCAAGCUCAAGGAAACUAACUUCAAUGCCUGCCUGGUCCAGAUGUUCUUCAUCCACACCUUUGCAGGGAUGGAGUCUGGCGUGCUCAUGCUCAUGGCCGUGGACCGAUAUGUGGCCAUCUCCUACCCCUUGAGGUAUACCACCAUCCUGACGCAUCCUAUCAUCACUGCUGCAGGGCUCCUCAAUUUCCUCAGGGGGAUGAUUGUAGCUGCCCCCUUCCCCUUAUGGGCCAAAAGACUGCCGUACUGCCGAGGCAAUGUCAUCCCUCACACUUACUGUGACCACAUGUCUGUAGUGAAGCUGGCAUGUGCCAGCAUCAGGGUUGAUGCUAUCUAUGGCCUCGCAGCAGCUGGGCUGGUCGGGGGUCUUGACAUUCUUUGCAUCUCCUUCUCCUAUGUCAUGAUCCUGAGGGCUGUGCUGGGCCUCUCCUCCAAGGAAGCACGCAGCAAGGCCUUCAGCACAUGCACAGCCCACAUCUGUGCCAUUCUUAGCACCUACACACCUGCGUUCUUCACCUUUUUUGCACACCGCUUUGGGGGACACCACAUCGCACCAUAUGCUCACAUCAUCAUGGCCAACCUCUACCUGCUCCUGCCCCCCAUGCUCAACCCCAUUAUUUAUGGGGUGAAGAUCAAGCAGAUCAGGGAUGGUGUCCUGAAGCUCUUCAGAGGGAGGAAGGCUGGUUCAGCUCAUGGCAUCUAA